UAUAGAAAGUGGCCACCACGUCAUAAUAUAAUAUGCAACCAAUAUAUGUAUAGUAUACUAAAGUGGCGAAGCUGUCGAUGAUCAACGGAAGAUGAAACUAUUACGUUAUUAUUAACAAUAUAUAUUUUUUUUUGUUUAGGAAUAAUUAUAAAAACAAUGCUGAGAAAAUUUGGAUUGCCAAUCUCAAAACCAGGUCUCUUGUCGCUGUAUUUGACUAAAAUUCACGUACUACCUUCAACAAUAUCACCAAAAAGAAGGCAGUGGUGGAGGUGUUCUUCGUCGCAAAUAAUGGGGUCUCCCGAAGCGACGUCGUUUUCGUCUCAAAAGCUCCUUUUCAGGCAGCUCUUCGAGAAGGAUUCAUCCACCUACACUUACCUUCUCGCCGAUGUUUCUCACCCCGAUAGACCCGCUCUGUUAAUAGACCCAGUGGAUAAAACAGUUGAUAGAGAUCUGUCUCUUAUUCAAGAUUUGAGGCUAAACCUUUUAUAUGCAAUGAACACUCAUGUACAUGCUGAUCAUGUCACUGGGACUGGCCUUAUUAAGAGUAAAGUUCCAAGUGUAAAAUCUGUUAUUUCAAAAGCAAGUGGUUCAAAAGCCGAUCUUCUGAUUGAAUCCGGUGAUAAAAUACUUUUCGGAAAUCUUUUCCUUGAGGUUCGUGCAACUCCUGGUCAUACAAUGGGCUGUGUCACCUAUGUUACAGGAGAUGGAGCUGAUCAGCCUCAGCCUAGGAUGGCUUUCACUGGAGAUACCUUAUUGAUACGUGGAUGUGGGAGAACAGACUUUCAGGGUGGAAGCUCACAACAGCUCUACAAAUCAGUGCAUUCACAGAUUUUUACAUUGCCCAAGGAAACAUUAGUUUAUCCAGCUCAUGACUACAAAGGAUUUACUGUUAGCACUGUGGGAGAGGAAAGUCUAUACAAUCCUCGCUUAACAAAGAAUGAGGAAACGUUCAAGGGCAUUAUGAAAAAUCUUAAUUUGGCAUAUCCAAAGAUGAUCGACGUAGCUGUCCCCGCAAACAUGGUUUGUGGUUUGCAAGACACCGACAUCAAUUAGCCAAUUAUUUGAAUUGCAUUUGCAUUGUGAAAUCAAAGCAUGUUUUUCGUUAUUGUACCUAACAAAUUUAUAAACUUGUGAAUAAAAGUGACAAAAGCUAUGUAAAAUAAAAGCAAGAAAGAAUGA